AUACUUCCCUUCUGCUUGUCGUUUGACGGUGAGACGUCCAGCUUUAACUCUUAAGACUUAAUGUACCUGAUUGUAUAAUCAAUGGCGACCUCGGACCCCAUCUCUUGGCCCCACCUGAGUGUGUCUGCAGGUUUUCACUUUGAAACCAAAUACAUUCUGCUAAAGUACCUGGGACUGCUGCCUGUUAGAUCACAGACGCCUCCAACAGAUCAAGGUGAUGCCCAGACUGAGGAGGAGAGGACCAGAAGGAUAGAAGAGGAGCUGAGGCAGCUGGAGGAGGAAUGUUCUGCCUUGUUUCCCAGCAGAGGAUCUGACAUCAACCCGUUUCCAGUGUUCAGUCUAGCCAACGCAGAGCACUCAGUAGAAGACCGCCUUGCUACAAUUGGAGACAAAGUGACCCAAGAGCUUGGUACACACCUUGCAGCAGCUGUCCAAACGCUCCUUUCAGGACCUCUGGACUACCAGAGAUUUAGAAGCACAACACUAGAGCUCUCAGUACAAACACAGGAAGGCAAGGUGUUGGUGCCUCUGGUGCUGCUGCAGGCUUUACAAAGUGAGGGACAACCAUUGACAACACUUUUGCAACUGGGACUGCACUAUCUGGAGGAGGAUGAGGGUAAUUACAUCAUCCAGCAAGGAGGAUGGUGUGAAGUGUUAGGCCUCGGCCCAGAGGACCAGUCAGUUAGUGCUGAAGACAGCAACGACAUCUGCAUCAUCCCAGAGGAGCAGCCCAGCCCCCCCUCGUCGCUGCUCUGCACCGCAGAUAACGGCAGCGAUCAGAGCUCCUGGCAGACGGAAAGCUUUCCCGUGUCUCUGGCUGGCCACGAAUCUUGGGCGCAAGUCGGUGCAAUGGACCCCGAGGACGUCAAGAGCCUGGACAGCAACGAGGGCGUGGCUCUGGCUGAGGAGCGCAGUGAAAACAACUCCUCAAACUCAGACAUCGUGCACGUCGAGCGUGAGGACACCGAGCUGCUGGAGGAGGGAGGUGACGCCGGAGCGACAGAAGAAAGCAUGAUCAGUGUUUUAGGCACAGAAAGUGAGCUGGCUGAGCUCAGGGCUGAAUUUGGAGACCAGACUCCAGUUGUUCCAGCAUCAACUGGGGCAGAAUCCACACCCCCUGCUUCCCUGAUUUCAUUAGAGCCAGUUGUUGCUGAGACACCUGCGAGCUCGUCUGGAGAACCUUCUCUCUUAUCUUCAGAACCAAAGCUUCUUCUCCCUGUCCCCCCUCCAGCUGAACCCAAACCUCCAGCACCUUCGCCUGUUCCUGCAGUAGAACCAGAACCUGAGCCAGAAUCAGCUGCUGCCCCUGCCCUAGUGCCUUCUGGGGUGGAAGUCCCAGUUCCAGCCAAGGAAAUCACAUCAGCACCAGCAGAGCCUGAAGUCACGUCAGAAGCAGCUUCUGACGCUCAGCAGGAAAUGGAGCCCAUCACAACGCCUCAUCAGCCAGAACCAGCUGAGCCAGAAGCCCCAGUGACUGCACCUCAAGUCUUAAGGGCCCCCGCUGUGGAGAUAACCGAGGCUUCUGUUGAAGCCCCAGCUGAGGUGGCCCCUGUCGCUCUUGAUGAAGCCCAGCCUGGGGAGACCUUUGUAGAAGCACCAGCUAAGGAGAAGUCUUUGCAGCCAGAGCCAGCAGCAAAAUUACAAGCCCUGCUUUAUGGAGGAGCUGCCCUGGCGUUACUUGCUGCGCUAUCAUUCGGUCUGAUUUUCUUAAGGAGGAGAUAAAAUUUAUUUUAAGACAUCCUGAUGAAGGAAAA